AUGUUGGAAGAAACGGAGCUGCUUUUGGUUCUUGUUGGCUUCUUGAUAGCAUUUGUACUUGCAUUUGGAAUUGGUGCAAAUGAUGUGGCCAACUCUUUUGGAACUAGUGUUGGAUCAAAAGUCAUAACUCUAAAGACAGCCUGCAUUCUUGCGACAAUCUUUGAAAUCAGUGGGUCUGUUCUACUUGGAGGUCAGGUCUCGGCGACAAUACGUGGGGGGAUUAUAGACCCUAAAUUGUUUAACACAACAGCAAAUGGAGCUCUUGUACUGAUGUAUGGACAGGUUGCUUCUCUUGCAAGUUCAUGCAUUUGGAUGCUUAUCGCCACCUUCUUAAAACUGCCUGUAUCGGGUUCGCAUAGUAUUGUUGGUGCUACCGCAGGUUUUGGACUUGUUCUCUUUGGCUUAAGUGGCAUACAAUGGAUGGGUAUUCUUCGUAUUGUAAUCUCCUGGUUUGUAUCUCCCCUGCUCAGUGGCAUUAUGUCAACUCUUAUCUUCUUCAUCGUGAAAAAACUCGUCUUAACGAAGAAGCAUCCACUCGAACCCGCUCUCUACAUUCUUCCCUUCUUUUAUGCUGCAACAGUUUUGAUUAAUGUCUUUUCAGUUUUGUACGGUGGUCUUAGCAUAUUUGGUAUCCGAGAAGUUAAACUCUGGAUAGUCUUAGUCGCUUCGUUUGCAUCGGGUCUCGUAGUUGGUCUUAUUGUAUUCUUUUUUGUGCGGCCCUACCUUCGUAAGAAGAUAUUACGUCGAUUGGCAGAAAUUGAGCGUUCUAAAGAGGAGGGCUAUGAGGGUCCGGAAGAAACAAAAUUCGAGAAAUUCAAGCGACAGACCUUGGAGAUCUACCAGAGAAUUAGACACCCUAGGCAAGCACGUGCUGCCGUUGAGGCAAAAUCUGAUGACAGGGUGUCGGAUAUUGUCUAUAACGGAGGCGAUUCCCCUGCCGUUGAAUUUGUCCGGGUUGAUUUGAGACGAGACACCAGAGCAAGAUCCGAACCAGAGGUACUUAUCACAGAGAUCCCUCCCUUGUCUAUUGUCAAGAACUUGAGUAGUGAGGGAUCAAACAAUACCGACUCAUCCGAAGAUGAAGAGUCCCAAAGUGGAACAACGUUGCAAUUAAUUGAAGAUCGUCCUGAGGAAGCUCAAGUCUUUUCAUUUGCUCAAAUCCUCACAGCAAUUUUCGGCUCAUUCGUUCAUGGCGCCAAUGAUGUGAGCAAUGCUAUUGGUCCAGUUGUUGGCCUUUGGCUGAUCGCAAUCUCUGGCGAUCCUGUGAACUCAGCACCUGCUCCUAUCUGGAUCCUCGUCUAUGGAGGUAUUGGAAUUUCGGUGGGUUUGUGGAUGUGGGGCCGAAAAGUUAUGGAAACUGUUGGUAACGAUCUCACCACUAUAACACCGUCCAGUGGUGUGUGCAUAGAAGUGGGCUCAGCGGUGACUGUUUUGAUUGCCAGUAACCUGGGAAUUCCAGUCUCAACAACUCAUUGCAAGGUCGGUUCGGUAGUCUGUGUGGGACGCUUCCGGUCCAAGUCCAAUGUGAACUGGAGACUUUUUAUCAACAUUGUCAUUGCUUGGCUGGUAACUCUCCCUGUUGCAGCUGGACUAUCUGCUCUUAUCAUGUACGCAUUUACACGGACUCAACCCGCGCUCCAUUCAACUUAG